ACAAAGCUCCAGUCUGCACCCCGCACACUCGGGACGUUUUCAGAGAACGACAGUGACAACGGCUACUCGCACAGGCGGGUCACUCGGGGGCGAUCCCGCUCCUCAAAGCUCGUCCUUAAACAGGAGAAGCAGCGACAAAAGGGAGGGGAGAGGUCCUUCCCUCUGGAUGGAGACGGUUAACGGUACUAUCAGGAUGCUCGCCGGAGCAUGCUCGCUCGGUUUCUGACGUCAGUGAAAUUGUCAGGGAGCACUGAGUCUGGCGCACUCUCCCUCCUGCCUCUCCAUUGUGAACAGCUGAACGAUGCGAUCGCUCGCAGCCAUCGCCGCCGCCCAUUAGAGACCCCCAGCCCGAGCACCGAGCAGACGGACCCCCGAGAGAGAGAGAGUGAGCCCAGCCUUGUUCAGACCCGUGCCAACUGUAGUCGAUCCGGUUUUUAAUGCGUUAGUCGCCGAGAGACGGAGGGAGAGCGAGCGAGCGAGCGAGCGAGAGAGAGAGCGAGCGAGUGAGCGAGCGAGAAAGAGAGGGUACAGGGAAGAAACAGAAAAAAGGAGGAUUGCUUGCUUUGAUACCUUGCGUCUUUUUGGAAAGAAAAAGAGAGCCGAGAUUUCCUAACCAUGGGAUGUACUCUGAGCGCCGAGGAAAGAGCCGCUUUGGAGAGGAGCAAAGCCAUCGAGAAAAACCUGAAAGAAGACGGAAUCACUGCCGCAAAAGAUGUGAAAUUACUCCUGCUAGGGGCAGGGGAAUCAGGCAAAAGCACCAUCGUGAAGCAGAUGAAGAUUAUCCAUGAGGAUGGCUUCUCCGGUGAAGACGUGAAGCAGUACAAGCCUGUGGUGUACAGUAACACAAUCCAGUCUCUGGCAGCUAUCGUCCGUGCAAUGGACACUCUGGGCAUCGAGUAUGGGGACAAGGAAAGAAGAGCCGACGCCAAGAUGGUGUGUGACGUGGUGAGCCGCAUGGAGGACACCGAGCCGUACUCCCCCGAGCUGCUGACCGCCAUGAUGCGGCUGUGGGCCGACUCCGGGAUCCAGGAGUGCUUCAACCGCUCCCGCGAAUACCAGCUCAACGACUCUGCCAAAUACUACCUGGACAGCCUAGACCGGAUCGGCGCCCCGGAUUACGAGCCCACAGAGCAGGACAUCCUGAGAACCCGAGUCAAGACGACUGGCAUUGUAGAGACCCACUUCACCUUCAAAAACCUGCACUUCAGGCUGUUUGAUGUGGGAGGUCAGAGGUCAGAAAGGAAGAAGUGGAUCCACUGUUUCGAGGACGUGACAGCCAUCAUCUUCUGCGUGGCUCUCAGUGGCUACGAUCAGGUGCUGCAUGAAGACGAGACCACAAACCGAAUGCACGAGUCUCUGAAGCUAUUUGACAGUAUCUGUAACAACAAAUGGUUCACUGACACCUCCAUCAUCCUCUUUCUAAACAAGAAGGACAUUUUUGAGGAAAAAAUUAAGAAAUCUUCUCUGACUAUCUGCUUCCCGGAAUAUGCAGGCCCCAACACCUACGAAGACGCAGCUGCCUACAUCCAGGCCCAGUUCGAGAGCAAGAACCGCUCGCCCAACAAGGAGAUCUACUGCCACAUGACCUGCGCCACGGACACCAACAACAUCCAGGUGGUGUUUGAUGCCGUCACCGACAUCAUCAUCGCCAACAACCUCCGAGGCUGCGGACUGUACUGACACAUCUGUAUAGUAACUGGUUUGGUAAUGAUUAUUACAAAUGCAAGUUGAUAAAUAAAACGCAUAACGUAUAUAUAUAUAAAAACAAAAAAAGAACCUUUUUAGUUUGUCUCAAAGAGCUGCCAACAGAACAGAUUUCUAAUAGAAACCCAGCCCUACAGCUUGAGGACUAGAGAAAAUGUACCCCUAUCACUGUGUCUUCUUGUUUUAACAGAACAACCACCCUUUUUCUUACAAGAAACGUGUCCUUUCUUUAAUUUCAUAUUUCUAAAUGUAUGGAUGUUCAAUUUAUUUAUAUUUAUUGUGAAUUUCCAGCACAGGGCUAGUUUGAGGUUUUUUUUGCCUCAGAAAUUAGGUCAUCUCACUAAUAAUAACAACAACAACUAUAAUGAUAAUCAUUAAAAUAUCUCUGGUGAUUUUAGUCAGGGGACUGGGUUUUUCAGUGCUUAGUUCUGUUCAGCUUUUUGAUCUUUUAGAGAAAAAUAAAAGUGAUUUUGAGGACACACAGGAUUGCACCAUAUCAGCUCAUUCUGUUUUCCACUCGAGGAACCUGACUUCUCCCCGUGAUCCCCCUCUGAAACAGGGCUGGGCCUUUUCUAAACCCCUCACAAUCUCAUCAAGGGGGCGUGUCUUUUUCACAAGCCCUCAUGAGCUCAGCAAGGGGGCAUGUCUUCUUUUACAAGCCCCACUAGCUCAGCGAAGGGGGCGUGUCUUCUUUCACAAACCCCACUAGCUCAGCAAGGGGGCGUGUCUUCUUUCACAAGCCCCAAGAGCUCAGCAAGGGGGCGUGUCUUUCUUCACAAACCCCACUAGCUCUGCAAGGGGGUGUGUCUUUCCUCACAAGCCCCAUGAGCUCAGCAAGGGGGCGUGUCUUUUUUCACAAACCCCAUAAGCACAGCGAAGGGGGCGUGUCUUUCUUUACAAGCCCCAUGAGUUCAGCAAGGGGGCGUGUCUUUCUUCGCAAGCCCCAUGAGCUCAAGGGAGGGGUGUGUGUUGUUCUUCACUGUCCAACACUUCAAGAGGCAUGUUUGCCAGUGAAAUUUUGAGUGUCAUAUCAGUGCCAACCUUCUUUAUGGCGGGCUUGAGAUAGAAAUAGAAUACACUAGAUUACUGUAACAAAAAGAACUAUUAAAUAUCAGAGUAAGGAACUUCUACUUUUUUAUUAUUGUUAAUUAAUUUAUUAAUUUAUUUAUUUAUCCUUGGGCCCCCACCUCCACUUCACCCCUCUGCUUAUUACCCUCUGCCCUAAGGCACUUUUUUUAGUUCACUACAGGCUGGUUAAUGGGACUUUCCUGUCACUGUUCCCCUACUGGUAGCAUGACCUUUUGGCCUUUGUAAAAAAAUAAUAACAAGAAAAAAAAUAAAAAAAAAAGAAAUAAAAAUAAAAAAAACAAAAAAACAAGAACAACAUAAAUGAAAACACAAACAUCAGUGGGAAAAGUGACCACUAGUGCAGGUCCGCCCAGGCGAUGUGAUGGGAUACAGUGUGGAGACGGUGGCUGUUGGGCAGUGUGUUUCUGUAGGACACUAUAGAGCUGGUUCUAGCAGAGUCUUUACAAGUAGAAGCUAAAAAUGAUGAUAAUGACCAUGAUAAUAAUAAUAAAGUCUAUUUCUUGUGCUUUGUAGCUACAGAACAUUUUUCCCCUUUUUUAAAAGUUUUGCAACGGUUCUAAGAGUCAUUAUACCGUUCUUAUGUACCCAUGUCAAUGUCGCUGAACUGUCCCUCUUCCUUUGCCUGUUCUCCCUGCAUCGCAGUGUCUUUACUAGCCUGGAGUAUUUUUCAAUCCAUUUGGGAAUACAGCUGCCUCUGCAGGCAGCGUGGCUGUACAGGAUUAUAUGCGCUUUUCUCUUAGUUGAAAUUGUAAUCUAAUCUGAACUGCCUUUCUUCACCUUCCAGGUCUGUAUAAAAAAAGCACAGCUCUCACUGACCAGUAGAUUUGGAAAGAUGUUACCCCUUUUAGCCUUUUUGCUCUGAAAAAAAAAGAAUACUGUGUAUUAUAUAUACCAGUUAGAAUCUCUUUUCAUUUUUCUUUUUUUCAGUGAAUGCUGUUUCGUGCUGCUUUUUACUUCCUUUAUAGUGAAUGGUGUUUCUCUCAUGUGGGAUGUUUGUGCUGCAAACCAAUCGAAUGUAGUGUUUACAUUAAAGCCACAGUUUUCAUGACUAA